CGUCUUUGCUGUCUUGUCCUUGUUUGUGCGUUUUAAUCAGCUAUUGAAAAAUAACAGGUAUCCUUCCUCGCCCCUCUGGCUCUCACAAACAUUCAGGAGGACAUCGCCAGUGAAAUUAAAACCCAUCUGGUUCGGUGUUUGGGGGGCUUACUUUCCAGACCGAAGUAGAAGAAGCAGACACCGCUGACCACAUCGGAACCGAAACGUGUCCGUGGACAGAGUCACUGCAGUGGGCUGAGUGUUUAUGUGAGCCCGGCUGCUUUACAGGGGCUGCUGUCAGCCCGCCUGCCCGCCCUCUGAGCCCCAAUUCAGGCCUGAAUAAAGACCGAUCCGUGGAUAUGGAAUGGUGCAUACUGCUGGGCCAAGUUUUCCGCCUCUGAAAAACACCGGAAUCAUGGACAGUCAUCCACUGUGUACUAGGCUUUGUCCACACUCUCUGGACAAAGAAGAUGGAGUGGAGAGGCAGGGUCCAGUCACUCUGAACCCGCGGCACAUGAGGAAGGCGUUUAAGGUCAUGAACGAGCUACGGAGCCAGAGCCUGUUGUGUGAUGUGACUAUAGUUGCAGAGGAUGUAGAGAUUGCAGCUCACAGGGUGGUUCUGGCCGCUGGGAGCCCUUAUUUCCACGCCAUGUUUACAGGAGAGAUGACGGAAAGCAGAGCGAAGCGAGUGAGAAUAAAGGAGGUAGGGGGGUGGACCCUGGGCCUGCUGGUGGACUACAUCUACACUGCAGAGAUACAGGUCACCGAGGACAACGUGCAGGCUCUGCUGCCUGCAGCAGGUUUGCUCCAGCUCAACGAGGUGAAAAAGGCCUGCUGUGAGUUCCUCAGUUCCCAGCUCCAUCCAUCCAACUGUCUGGGGAUACGAGCCUUUGCCGACCUACAUGCUUGUUCCCAGCUUCUCUCACUGGCUAACGGUUAUGCAGAGCAACAUUUCACUGAGGUCGUCGGGAGUGAGGAGUUUCUGAACUUGGGUAUGGAGCAGGUGUCCAGUCUGAUUGCCAGCGACAAGCUCACCAUACCCUCAGAGGAGAAGGUCUUUGAGGCAGUUAUCGCCUGGGUAAACCAUGACAAAGAUGUCCGUCAGGAACACUUGGCCCACCUGAUGGAACACGUACGCCUGCCGCUGCUCUCCAGAGAAUACCUAGUGCAGCGUGUCGAAGAGGAGUCCCUGAUAAAGAACAGCAGUGCGUGUAAAGACUACCUGAUUGAGGCCAUGAAGUACCACUUGUUGCCAGCUGAGCAGCGAGCUCUGAUGAAGACCGCACGUACCCGAAUGAGAACUCCUGUCUCCUGUCCCAAGGUGAUGGUUGUAGUUGGAGGUCAGGCUCCUAAGGCUAUCCGUAGUGUUGAGUGUUUCGACUUUGAGGAGCAGCGAUGGUACCAAGUGGCUGAACUCCCUACAAGAAGAUGCAGAGCAGGUGUGGUGUACAUGGGUGGAUGUGUGUAUGCCGUAGGCGGUUUCAAUGGAUCUUUACGUGUGCGGACAGUGGACUGUUAUGAACCAGUGAUGGAUCGCUGGACUAGUGUGAGCAGCAUGCAGGACCGGAGGUCAACGCUCGGCGCUGCUGUUCUCAAUGGACUCCUGUACGCUGUAGGAGGCUUUGAUGGCAGCACAGGUCUCUCCACAAUUGAGGCGUACAACGCCAAGACGGAUGAGUGGUUCCAUGUGUUGCCCAUGAACACCAGACGCAGCAGCGUAGGAGUCGGUGUUGUCAACGGCAUCCUGUAUGCUGUGGGAGGUUAUGAUGGAGCCACCAGGCAGUGCCUGAGCACGGUGGAGGCUUACAAUCCGAAAAGCAACACAUGGAGCUAUAUAGCAGAGAUGGGUACCAGACGUAGUGGAGCAGGUGUGGGUGUGUUAAAAGGGUUACUAUAUGCUGUGGGCGGCCAUGACGGUCCGUUGGUGAGAAAGAGCUGUGAAGUUUAUGAUCCAGCCUCCAACAGCUGGCGGCAAGUAGCUGACAUGAACAUGUGUCGACGCAACGCAGGUGUGUGUACUGUAAACAACCUGCUUUAUGUGGUCGGAGGAGACGACGGCAGCUGCAAUUUGGCCUCGGUGGAGUUCUACAAUCCAACCACUGAUAAGUGGACGCUAAUGCCAGCCUGCAUGAGCACAGGCCGCAGUUAUGCAGGUGUGACAGUGAUUGACAAGCCCUUAUGACUGCUCUUGACUACUGCCAUUAAAUAAAAGCAGAGUGUUCUGCAGAAUUCUGAUCAUGGAUCUGUCUACGAUGCCGAUGCAGAGUUGAGCAGCAGGCACUGACGAAGAUGUUGAUGCUGAUGAAGGUUCUUGCACUUACCUUAAUUGGAGGGGGAAGGCGCUGUGACAGACGAGGUCCUCGAACCUGUGUUUUAUUUCGCUCCUGGCAGGACUGCAGCAGCGAGGGGACAUUCCGGUAUGAAGCACCACUGGAUCACUGCAGUGCCACUGAAACGCUACUGAUAUGAAGCUGCUACUAGUUACUUUAACAUUAGUUAAUUUUAACACAGACCAGAUAUGAGAAAGACCACUUGUCGGAUCUAUGGUAGAAUCCGAGAAAAGACAAAUUGUUUGGACCGAAGUCUGUUUCUAAUUUUGUUUUAUUAAUCUGAAGAGUGAGCUGAUGUGCUUGCAUAUUACGGUGCUCCGUCGUUUGCACAUGUAGGCAUGUGUUUUUGUUUGCAUCAGAGAGUCUGUGUAUGGUGAGGCCUUGUUCGAUGCCGCAUGAACACACUCUGUCUGACUUCUUACCCAUUACAGUGUUGCAGCGAGGCCUGAUGAGUGCCUGAAUGUCAGAGUCCACCCUCCUCUUUGUUUUAGCCUCAGUACCGAACCAGCUCAGAGCUGGAAUCAGUCACUAUUUUGAGAUAAGGAAACAAAUGGUGACUUCAGAAAGGUUGGUUGGCUUGUGUGGAUUCAGAAUAA